AUGAAUGCUUUGUUGUGUCCAUUUGGCUGGCAUUACUAUCAAGAUAAAUGUUAUUUCCUAACAAUAAGGUAGUUAUUUUUAAAAGCAAAACGACUGUUUCUAACAAUAAGCAAAAUUCAGUAAUUCAAUGACCUACGAUAAUGCUGAACAUGAAUGUAAUACGCGAUAUGGAGGGAAUUUGGCGACUAUUCAAUCUGAAGGAGAAGAUCAAUUUGUGCAUUUCUUAAAGGAAUCCAGCCACAAGCACCCGGCUUUCUUGAACAAAGAUGGUACCUGGACCUUUUUCUUAAUAUAACAAUCAUACACUUGCAGAAAUUAGAAUCAAUUUGUGUUUCCAAAGCAUAGAAAAUACGCUUAAAAUAAGCACUGAGACAGUAAGUGCAAUUAAAAACACUUUAAAACAUACUUUCAGAUCAUACUCAACAACAUCCCUUCAAGUUCAUUGUGCAAACAAGAAUGUGUUCGGCUUCGAUUUGAUCUUGGAUUUGAAUGUAAUUCAGUUGUGUGGAUUUCAAAUGAGAAUGAAUGUCUGCUUAAUAUUGGUAAUAUCACCAAGAAUGUAAUCGUAUCCGAAGAGCUUCAAUAUUACGAGGAUUCCUGCUUUGAUAAGGUCUGGGAUUAUUCUUUUUAUAACUUUGAAAUUAGCCUUCAGAGGAACCUUCUGAUAUUCCUUUGGCAAUGCCUGUUUCCCAAGUUCGAAAUUGUUUUGCCAAGACGAGAUUUGCAACUUUGCAAGGCGUCGUUGGAAAAGUUUAUGACCGAAUCAGCCUGAACGAUUGCUUAGGGGAGUGCUGGAACUGUGAAGACUGCUUUGAGGAAAAUAAAUGCCAAACGGCCAUCUACUAUGAGUAAGAAACUAAGUUAUGAUUAGAUCCUAUUACAUUGAUAAUUACUCUAUUCCUCAGCGUUUAGAGAAGACGCAAUGUGUAUAAUUACGAACGUCUCAGCAAAGAUAACAAGGGAAAGAGUGGUAAAAGAAGAUAUGUCGUCGUUAUACGAGAAACGAGUCAAAUGUCUAGAGAAUAAUUGCGAAGAUCUCGAGGUCCAUCUUGUUUUUGGAAUUGAUCCAGCUGUAUACAAUGAAACGAUCACCAAGCAGAUUAUGAUUGAGAUAUUCUCGAGUGUCAGCAGAAUUACUGAGUUUGUCAGAGUCACUGCGGUAUUACUUUCAUCAAGCCCAAGCAAUUUAUUUGACGAUCUUCAAUAUGAAAAUGAAAAUGAUUUCAAGUUCAAAUUAGAGACUUUGAAAGUUUCUGCGGAUUCAUCUGACUUCGGUAUGAUAACUUGAAAGUAUCAGGUAUUUUAGAAGCCGGAUUAAUCGAAUUCCUGAACGGAGUGGACGAACACUGGACAACGACAGACGACGUCGACGUCACUUGGGUCCUUGUUUUAACAGACACCGCCUUUCAAUCACGACUCGGACUAUUUCUUGAUUUAAAGGUGUGGCUGCCGUAGUAAUGUAAUACAAAACUUCAGGAAGGAUUCCGGCGUUUCCCAUUAUUUUCGAUUGGAGUUGGAGAAAAUCUCGACUUUGAAAAAUUGGAAAUGAUCGCAUCUUCAGUAGAUAACAUUGUUCAUAUUCAAGACCCAGUUACGAUCGGAAAGGCUCUAGCUCCCAGAAUUUGUCAUCAAAAACCAUUGAGACGAUUUGUGACCAGCAGAAAAUUAAAGAAAACAAAAACCGAUCACUCAUUUACAUGGUUAGGAUUACAUCGAAAUGACUACGGAAAGAUGGAAUGGUCAGACAAAAGCGUCUUUGGGGAGUACGAGAACGAGAUUUUGAAAUAUCUCUCAGUAACGCAAGAGGAUGGAGAUUGCAUUUUGAGAAAGGGGACUACGGUAAUUUUUUUUUAUAAUCUUUUUAAUUUUUUCUGUAGAACUGGGCAUUCGCGAACUGCACAGAGAAACACAACUUUAUGUGUACGUUGGAACCUCGAAACAAGCUUGAAGACAUCAUAAAGAGACGACUUAACAUAAAAAAACUUUAUUGA